UCGUCGUUUGCCUCGUUUUGUGACACGCUUACCGUCUAGAAUCGGUAAUUUGCCGCAGCAGUCGCGCGUGGUUGCGGGGCAGACAGAAUGUCUUCGUUCACGGAGACCGGAUUGGUGAAGAAACUGCUCGACCUGAACAGCAGCCAGCAGAGCAUCCAAACCCUGUCGCUAUGGCUCAUCCAUCACCGCAAACAUCACUCGAUUAUUGUUAAAACCUGGUUGAAAGAGCUGGCAAAGGCACCGCCAGCGAAGAAGCUCACCUUCAUGUACCUGGCGAACGAUGUGAUACAGAACAGCAAAAAGAAGGGCCCCGAGUACGGGCGGGAGUUUGAGCACGUACUGCUGAAGGCGUUCAAAUACAUCGCUCAAUCGACACCGGAGUCAAAAACCAUCCACAGCCUCAACCGCAUCCUCAACAUCUGGGGCGAGCGGGGCGUAUACGAGGAACCAAAAAUCAAAGAAUACUCUACCGCGCUCAACGGCAACGAGAGCGAAGCGGUCCGAACGGAGACCGUCAACGGCGGUGGCGGAGGCGGGGAAAAGAAGCGCAAGGUUGAGGCCGGAGCCACCACCGACCACGAGGCUGCGAAAAAGCCACGUCCAACUGCCGUGGUGGAGAAGAAAGCCAAAAGUGAAGUGGUCGAGGUGAACGGGAAGGUGGAAACCCAUAUUACGCUCAGCCCGCACCAGCCCGACGGUGAUCCACCGGAACCGGAGGAACUGAUCAAGGUGAUACUGGAACUGGAGAACUCCGCCUCGAGUGAUGCGGUGGUGCGCGAGAGAAUAGCCAGCCUGAAGCCGGAAGUAUCGGAACUGGCGGCACUGGACAAGCUGGAGGACAAAGAGGCUGCCAUCAAGCUGGCGGCUGAUGUUAACGAUGCCAUUAAGAUUCUAAACGACUACAACGCUCGCCUUGCGGCCGAGAUGGACGAUCGCAAAAAGCUGACCACAAUGUUGCGAGAUUUUCAGCGCGAACAGCAGGAGCUGCUGCUGCAGGCGGAGAAUCGUUUGGAGGAGUACCAGAAGAAACUGGCCAAAAUCAAAGAGGUACAAAAGGAGGUUCGGAACCAUAUGAAUAACUUGCCUGACCUAACGUCACUGCCGGAUGUGACGGGGGGUCUCGCACCCCUACCAUCGGCGGGCGAUCUGUUCAACGUUCAUCAUUAGACGUAGGUAGACCUGCACCGCACCACCCAACGUACCUAGUUCCCGAACGAACACUUUGUGCGGAAUUUUUAGUCUGUGCACAAUCCUUAGCUCUCGCAGCAACGGUGUGUUUUGGGGGCCGUUGCACUUGUCGAACGAGUUAUUAUUUCCAAAGCCCAUCCGAAGGCACUCACGAUACCAGCCCUGGCCACUGCGGCUUUGGGAAAUGGUGAACAAUACGAAGUAGAGAAUAGACGAUCAGAUUAUGGUGCAAAAUGGCAAUAUUGCGCUCACUCAGCGGUAGUUGUUGUCAGUGCGUAAAAGUAGCGUGCGUCU